UGUCGGUCUAUAAAAGGCUAAGCUAGAGACAGGUGCCGUUGAUUUGCACUGGGUAAACAGCUAACGUAAAAUGAAGGUUUUCGUUGGAGUCUUCCUCUUUGUUUUGAUGUCAUUUGCAGCAGUAUGUCUUGGACGACAGACUCGGUUAUCCUUGCUUCCCCUAGUCCUUCAGCCAUGUACACUUGGCGGCAGCGACUGUCCAGGAGGCAAAUGUGAAGAUUCGAGUGCCGGACCAUAUUGCAUACUAACAAACCCCUAUGGUACAUUUCCGCCCUGCCCGGACAUGUCUGGAUGCGCCAAACAUUGCCCCCAUGGCUACGUACUUAAUGGCUACGGAUGUCCCACCUGUACCUGUCUGUGGAGCUCUGACAUCCAGAGGCUUUAGGCUGCUACAUGAAAACAAUGACGUCUACUUAUGUUUUUGUGUGACUUUCAUUUAAUAAAACUUUAAG